AUGUCUUUCGACGGCCACGAACUGAUACAGGGGACAGGCACUAGAAAUAGGAGGAAUUGCGAGAGAGCGGAGAUUGAAGACGAGACACCUGUCGUGUUUGCCUAUGGAAUAACGGUCCCAGGAAUCGCUUGCAACCUGCGGGAGAAGUUCGCGACGAUAAUGUUUUUGUCGCAGUUGAAUUUUCUCGUGGGCUUCGUACGAGGGAAGGGUUUUGGGGGCUCCCUUCUCCCACUUGCCCUUGGUAUGGGCAUUGGUCGCUAUCUUUUGCUAGCCCCGUCAAAGAUUAGACGGGCCUUACUUCCUGCUGUCACACACUCGGAUCUGAUGUGUCUUGUGAUGGCUAUUUUUGAGCAUUGUGGUAUUUGA